AUGUCAUCUGUAGACGAGUUGACCAAUCUAUUUUCCAAGAUUGGGUUCGAAGAAGCUAAAGUAAAGGAAAUCUUAAAGAAUGCUAAAGUAUCCAGCUCCCUAGAGUCCUUAGUAAACUUGGCAUCUGAUGAUUUCCCAUGGAACAAGAAUUCUAGAGCUUUAAUUCACACGUUAGCAGCCUCUUUAAAGGGAGCUGAAGUUCCUCAUUUGCAAUAUAUCGUUGAUGGUAUUGGUAAGAAUGAUUUGAAGACUGCAUUGCAGAUAGAUGCAGCUUUGAAGUACUUGAAGACCAAGGGUGAGGAUGCCACUGUUGUGGACUUGAACAAAGAGUCCGGUGUCGGUAUUGAAGUUACUGAAGAUCAAGUUAGAAACCGUGUUGCUAAGUACGUUGAGGAUAACAAAGAUACCAUUUUGAAGGAAAGAUACAAGUUAGUGCCUGGUCUAUUUGCCAAAAUCAAAGCUCUCCCCGAAUUAAAAUGGGCUGAACCACGUUUGUUCAAACCAAUCAUUGACGAAGAAAUCUUGAAGGUUUUGGGUCCAAAAGAUGAAAGAGAUAUCGUAAAGAAGGAAAAGAAACCAAAGGCUGAAAAGAAGGCUAAUGGCAAAGCAAGCAAGGACCAAACAGAAGAAGAUGGUCCAAAGAGAUCUAUGUUCACAGAAGGUUUCUUGGGUGACUUGCAUAAGGUUGGAGAAAAUGAGCAGGCCUACCCAGAACUAAUGGCUGAGCAUCUCAAGGCUACCGGUGGUAAAGUACACACUAGAUUCCCACCAGAACCUAACGGAUAUUUACAUAUUGGUCAUUCUAAGGCCAUUAUGGUUAACUUUGGCUUCGCUAAAUACCAUAACGGGGUAUGUUAUCUAAGAUUUGAUGAUACCAACCCUGAAGCAGAAGCUCCGGAAUAUUUCGAGAGUAUCAAAAGCAUGGUAUCAUGGUUGGGGUUCAAACCAUGGAAAACUACCUAUUCCUCUGAUUACUUCGAUGAGUUAUACCAAUUAGCUGAAACUUUGAUUAAGAACGGAAAGGCUUAUGUCUGUCACUGCUCUGCAGAAGAAAUAAAACGUGGCCGUGGUAUCAAAGAAGAUGGUACACCUGGUGGUGAAAGAAAAGCUUGUGUCUCCAGAGAAAGACCUAUUGAGGAAAGCUUAACUGAGUUCAGAAAGAUGAGAGACGGAUUCUACAAACCAGGUGAAGCAAUCUUAAGAAUGAAACAAGAUUUGAACUCUCCAUCACCACAAAUGUGGGAUUUGAUUGCUUAUAGGGUCUUGGAUGCUCCACAUCCAAGAACUGGUGACAAAUGGAAAAUUUACCCAACAUACGACUUCACUCACUGUUUAGUCGAUUCCUUAGAAAACAUUACCCACUCCUUGUGUACCACAGAAUUUUACUUGUCUAGAGAAAGUUACGAAUGGCUAUGUGACCAAGUGCACGUCUUCAGACCAGCUCAAAGAGAAUAUGGUAGAUUGAACAUCACCGGUACCGUUCUAUCUAAGAGAAAAAUUGCUAAACUUGUUACUGGUGGAUACGUCAGCGGAUGGAAUGAUCCUCGUUUAUUCACAUUGGAAGCUAUCCGUAGACGUGGUGUUCCACCGGGAGCCAUUCUAUCUUUCAUUAACACUUUGGGUGUGACCACCAGUACCACUAAUAUCCAAGUCGUAAGAUUCGAAAGUGCUAUUAGAAAGUACUUGGAAGACACUACACCCAGACUCAUGUUCAUUUUGGAUCCAGUGGAAGUGGUUGUGGACAAUGUCGAUGAAGAUUUCGUUGAGCUAUGUAACAUCCCAUACAGGCCAAACACUCCAGAGUUCGGUGAUAGAACCGUCCCAUUCACCAAGAGAUUCUACAUCGAAAGAAGCGACUUCUCGGAAGACGUUGACAACAAGGAGUUCUUCAGAUUAACACCUAACCAAUCAGUUGGUUUAAUCAAAGUACCAUACACCGUAUCCUACCAAUCUUUAGAGAAGGAUGCGAACGGGAAGAUCACUAAAAUUCAUGUUAAAUAUGAGAACGAGGAAGCCAAACCAAAGAAACCAAAGACCUACAUUCAAUGGGUGCCAAUCUCCGAAAAGCACGACUCCCCAGUAAGAAUUGCGGAAACUAGAGUUUACAACCAAUUGUUCAAGUCCGAAAACCCAUCAGCGCACCCAGAUGGUUACUUAUCUGAUAUUAACCCAGACAGCAUUAUCGUGUACAAGAGUUCUGUCGCUGAAUACAACAUCAACAGCAUUAUAAAGAACUCGCCAUGGGUCGUGGACAGUGCAAAGAAGUCUGAAUUCUAUGUGGAAGAAGAAAAGGGAAGAAAGGAAGUCUGCAGAUUCCAAGCCAUGAGAGUUGGUUAUUUCACCUUGGACUCUGAUAGCACAGAUGAAAAGAUCGUCUUGAACAGGAUCGUUUCCUUGAAAGACGGUACUAAAUGA